AAGGAUGUGACUCGAGCCUCUCUCGCGUGCCUCUCCGGCCCGUUGUGUGUGUGUGUGUUCCUUUUGCCCGUUUACCGACGAAAUGGAGCUUAGUGGAAAUUAGGAAGAGUGCGCCUCCUCGUGUUGUCCUCACCUUUUGGAGAAUGAUCCACCCGCAGGUUAUUUUAUCCCAGGUUUUGGUCUGCUUUGGGUUGACUGGUCAUUAUGCUGAUGCAGCUCUGUAGUUUCAAGAACCUGUACCAGAAUCGGCUCCUGAGCCUGGCUGCCAUGGCCUCCCCGACCCGCAGCAGCCAGACCCGUCAGCGCUGUAAGGAUGCGGCCCGUCACAGCUACGGUUCUGAGGCCUAUGCUGUCAACGGUCUGAACCAGGAGGCCUUCAUGUUGGGGCUGCCGCGCUCCAAUAGCGACACGGACCUGGUGUCCCCAGAUGCCCGCUCCACGCUCACCGUCAGCGCCUCCCACUACACCAUCAGCCAGUCGGAAGACUUGGUGAUCAUGUGGGACAUCAAGGAGGAAGUAGAUGCUGGAGACUGGAUUGGAAUGUAUCUCAUUGAUGAAGCUCUGUCUGAGAACUUUCUGGACUACAAGAACCGAGGCAUCAAUGGAUCUCACAAGGGUCAGAUAGUCUGGAAAAUUGAUUCCAGUUCCCACUUCAGUGGCUCUGAGACCCAGGUCUGCUUCAGGUACUACCACGGUGUCACCGGAGCCCUGAGGGCCACCACGCCCAGCGUAACCAUCAAGAAGAUCUGCGCACCUGUGUUAAAGCCGGUUGUUAGUCCGGAAGUAAACCAUGGACUGGGAAACAGGAGACUCAUUAACUUUUCCCUCUCAGACCUUCAGGCAGUUGGACUGAAGAAGGGGAUGUUCUUCAAUCCAGACCCAUAUCUGAAACUUUCCAUCCAGCCUGGAAAGCACAGCAUCUUCCCUUCACUGCCACAUCACGGCCAGGAGAAACGCUCCGGGGUGGUGUGCAACACAGUCAACCCUCAGUGGAGUGCAGAGAGGUUUAACUUUGUGUCUCUGCCCACUGAUGUCCUGGAGAUCGAGGUAAAGGACAAGUUUGCUAAGAGUCGGCCAAUCAUCAAGCGUUUUCUGGGGAAGCUCUCUGUCCCUGUCCAGAGACUGCUGGAAAAACAUGCCAUAGGAGAUCGGGUUGUGAGUUAUUCUCUGGGUCGCAAGUUGCCGACAGAUCAUGUCUGCGGCCAGCUGCUGUUUCGCUUUGAGCUGACCUCCUCUAUUCACCCAGAUGAUGAGGAGUUGUCCCUGGUCAUCGAGUCUGCCUGCGCUGAGGUGGAAAAUGCUGUAGAAGUCUACCACGCUGCUGCUGCACCUGAUGAUGACGCGCUGAGCGUGGGCCCUGACAUGCCUGACCUCCCCUUGGAUGCUCCUCCAGACGCUGAGACGUCACCUUCUGCAGCCUGCAUGCAGGAGGAAUGCCCGCCAGCUGAGAGGGAGGAAGAGGAGGCGACGGCUCAGGCAGAGCAGGAAACCGUGGAGGAGGAGACGACAGUGAGGGAUGAACCCCUGACGCUUCAGCCCCAGGAGGAGCAGGAGGAGGGGGUCUCGACUGAACAGCAGGACACAAGUAACAUAGAAGCAUCUGGAGGUGAAGAAAGGGAGGAGGAUGAGGGUGCAGAGGAGGAGCAGAGAGAGGAGCCUGCUCCACAAACUCAGGGAGAUGAGACAGCCGGAGGAAAUGAGGAUGAGGCUGGUUCUGACCGUCCUGAAGCAGCAGUGACACACGAUGUUGCUGUUGCUAUGGAGGCUCCCUCCGAGGAGAAUGCCGUAUCCCAGGGCAACCCUGCAGGUCCAGCCGAGGGGAUCCCACAGGAGGCGACGGGGGGAGGACAGAGUAGCUCUGCUCCCUGCUCCUGCCAGUCUGUUUUCUCAAACUACAACUCCCACACUCCCUCUCGACGUAAAAACCGGCCCUGCUCCCUCCCGGUGUCAGAACUGGAGACGGUGAUAGCGUCAGCCUGCGGUGAGCCCGAGACGCCGCGAUCUCACUAUAUUCGCAUUCACCACCUCCUCCACAGCCUCCCCUCGGCCCAACAACGUCCUCCCAGUCAGGAGGAGGAGCAGCCAGGCGAGGGAGAAAACACAAGCACCACUCUAGACUCCACGUCACCAACCCUUAAAACCUCCAAAGAGGAAGAAGAGCAGGAGGAGGAAGAGGAAGAUACAACUCAAUCUGCAUCUCAGGUCCCUGAGUGCCCAGGCCCCUGCUGCCGGCGCUCUCUGCCCCGCAGCCUUUCCAUCGAACGCCUCUCAGAGCUGAACCAGCUCCUGGAGGGUGAAGGAGGAAGAGGAGUACAUGCAGCAGUGAGGAGGAUCUCCCCCCCCUGCCUGGAGAGCGAGGACGGGGAUUCCAGUAAUGGAGGGGGAAGAAGAGUGUGCGGCAGCCACAGACCUCCGGGUGAACACGAAUGUGAGUUCUGUGACACCUCCUGCUACAGCACCUCCUGCUACAGCACCUCCUGUUACAGCACAUCAUGCUACAGCAACUCAGGCUAUGAGGGGAGGGGACGCUUCUGCAGCCACAACCGCCUCUCCUCGGUGGACAGCAACCGGCUGUCCGGCAGCACCGUAUUCUCCUCCCAGGAUGAAGACGAAGACGAGGAGAGCGCCUUUGAGUCGGUGCCUGACGGGAGUCAGCCUGAGGGCCAGGAUGUGGGUGGGGCAGGAGGAGAGAGAAGGACGGGCAGGUGGACGGAGACCAGGAGAGGAGAGCAGGGGGAGCCAGCUGUGGCCGGACCGAGCGACAGAAACAGCAUCGGCUCAGGCUUCUCCCCUCCUGUUGGCCAUCUUCCAGUUCUGCGACCCAGCCAUGACCUAAACCAUUUUCCUGCUGCCACUGACCAAGCCUUGCCUCCAAACUGGGAGGCUCGAGUUGACAGCCAUGGCAGAGUUUUCUACGUGGACCAUGUUAACCGGACCACAACCUGGCAGCGGCCGAGCCACGGCGGCAAGUGUAGCCACGGCAUCCCCCGCUCGGGUUCCACCCAGCAGAUGGAGCAGCUAAACCGGAGGUACCAGAACAUCCAGAGGACCAUGGCCACGGAGGAGGACGGCGGGAGUCGGAGUUCAGACGGAGACUCUGACUCUGCCCAGACAGGUCCUCCCUCUCCUGUCAAUCACCAGAAGAUCAGCCAUCUCCUCCAGUCACCUGCUGUCAAGUUCAUCACACAUCCAGAAUUUUUCACCAUCUUACACAGCAACUAUGCAGCCUACCGCAUGUUCACCAGCAGCAGCUGUGUGAAGCACAUGAUCCUGAAGGUGCGUCGCGACGCCAGAAACUUCGAGCGCUACCAACAUAACCGGGACCUGGUGGUCUUCCUCAACAAGUUCACAGACACACAGCUGGAGCUGCCCAGAGGCUGGGAGAUCAAAACCGACCCCCAGGGAAAGUCUUUCUUUGUGGAUCACAACAGUCGAGCCACGACCUUCAUCGACCCUCGGAUCCCCCUGCAGAACGGCCGCCUGCCCGGCCACCUCGCCCACAGACAGCACCUGCAGAGACUUCGCAGCUACAGCGCGGGGGAGGCAUCUGAGGUGUCCAGGAGUCGAGGGGCUUCUCUCAUGGCCCGGCCUGGAAACAGUCUGGUAGCAGCCAUUCGUAGUCAUCAUCACGCUGACCCGCAGCAGCUGACUGCUCCAUCUUACAACGACAAGAUUGUGGCAUUCCUUCGACAGCCCAACAUAUUUGACAUGUUGCAGGAGCGGCAGCCCAGCCUAAGCAGAAACCACGCACUAAGGGAGAAGAUCCACUACAUCCGGACAGAAGGUACUCAGGGAGUGGAGAAGCUAUCAUGUGAUGCAGACCUGGUCAUCCUGUUAAGCUUGUUUGAAGAGGAGAUCAUGUCCUAUAUUCCCCCUCACCCCAUCCACCCUGGCUUCAGCUUCUCUCCUCGCUGUUCCCCUGCUUCCUCCCCACAGAACUCUCCUGGCCUGCAGAGGGCCAGGGCUCCAGCUCCUUACCGCAGAGACUUUGAAGCCAAACUUCGAAACUUCUACAGGAAACUGGAAGCUAAAGGCUACGGCCAGGGACCGGGAAAGAUCAAGUUGCUGAUCAGGAGGGAACACCUGCUGGAAGGAACCUUCAAUCAGGUGAUGGCGUACUCUCGCAAAGAGCUGCAGAGGAACAAGCUCUACGUCACCUUCCUGGGGGAGGAAGGAUUAGACUACAGCGGACCUUCCAGAGAGUUCUUCUUCCUUCUGUCUCAGGAGCUCUUUAACCCGUACUAUGGUCUGUUCGAAUACUCCGCUAACGACACGUAUACCGUUCAGAUCAGCCCCAUGUCAGCAUUUGUUGAGAAUCAUCUGGAAUGGUUCCGUUUCAGUGGUCGUAUUCUGGGCCUGGCUCUGAUCCAUCAGUACCUGCUGGAUGCUUUCUUCACCAGACCCUUCUACAAGGCGCUGCUCAGACUGGCGACGGACCUGUCGGAUCUGGAGUACCUGGAUGAGGAGUUCCACCAGUCUCUGCAGUGGAUGAAAGACAACGACAUCACUGACAUCCUGGACCUCACAUUCACUGUGAACGAGGAGGUCUUUGGCCAGGUGACAGAGCGGGAGCUGAAGUCAGGUGGCUCCAACCUGCAGGUGACGGAGAAGAACAAGAAGGAUUAUAUCGAGCGAAUGGCCAAGUGGAGGGUGGAGAGAGGAGUGGUGCAGCAGACCGAAGCGCUGGUCAGAGGCUUCUAUGAGGUGGUGGACUCCAGGCUGGUGUCGGUGUUUGAUGCGCGGGAGCUGGAGCUGGUCAUCGCUGGGACUGUGGAGAUUGACCUGAGUGACUGGAGGAGCAACACAGAGUACAGAGGAGGUUACCACGAUGGCCACAUAGUGAUGCGGUGGUUCUGGGCAGCUGUGGAGAGGUUCAACAACGAGCAGCGCCUCCGGCUGCUGCAGUUUGUCACGGGGACGUCCAGUGUUCCCUACGAAGGUUUUGCCGCUCUGCGAGGAUCUAAUGGCCUUCGACGCUUCUGCAUCGAGAAGUGGGGAAAAGUCACAUCACUACCCAGGGCUCACACCUGUUUCAACCGCCUCGACCUGCCUCCCUACCCUUCCUACACCAUCCUGUACGAUAAACUAUUGAUCGCUGUGGAGGAAACCAGCACCUUUGGCCUGGAGUGAGACGGACUAAUCGGACUCUUCACCUGUCUCUGCGUGACACCGGCUGGGCCGAAAAUGUGGAGGGGAAACAGGCCCCUCAUGGGCUCAACGUGUCGUGAAGCUUCGUGAAUUGUACUGGACAAAAUUUGGUGAUGUGGAUGUAUGUGCGUCACUGUUCUGGUUCUGUGUGUUAGUUUCUCACUUAGCGACGAGAUCUUUGUGACUGCACCCAGCACUGAGGACAUCGCUUCAGGACUACCGUUACUUUUAUAUCGACUACGUCAAGCAGGGAAUGUCAAACUCUGCAAUGGCUUUUUCUUUAUUUUACAGUAAUAUUUUCAGUCCACGUGUACCCAUACGGUGGGUAUGCAACAUAGAGUCAAGAUCAUUCGUUGCAUGUACCGAAAUGGAUCAUUCCUCCGAUGAUGAAGAUACUAAUGUUGAUAGAAACUGAUAGAAAAACAGCAACAAAUAUAACAGAAUAUGAGACUUUUAGAGAGAGCUGACAUUAUAACCGCAUCGCAGGGGUGAGAAUUUUAUCUUUAAUACAGAAAAGAUCUACAUGAUGAUGUAAUAAUUAAUCAAGCUGAUAGAUUUAUGACUGCUGUGCAAAGAAAAAGAAAGAAUAAGUAAUAUAAUGAACAUAAACACAGACUUUAUAUGAGGCCUCAAAAACUACUGAACGCUCAUUGUUAAAAAAAAAAAUACACAAAUACAACAUUUUGACAAAUUCUCAUGUUUUAUUUUAUGUAAAUUCAAACUUGAGUGCAACUGAUGUGUCCAAAGUUCAGAAGACAAAUCCUCAGGUGGUUUUCUGCACUGGAAACUUAAAGAGACAGACUUUAAAAAGCUCAUUGUGUAGUCGCCCUGAUGCCAAAGGAACAAUCAUGUUUAGUUUCAACG